GCACAGCAGGGCCAUGGAGCCUCUCUCCUUCCAGAGGUACAUCUGCUCGCUGGACCCCACCACUCUGCCCCGCGUCCUCAGGAUCUGCUCUGGUGUCUACUUCCAAGGGUCUGUGUAUGAAAUCUCAGGCAAUGAGUGCUGCUUGUCCACGGGUGACCUGCUCAAAGUCACAGCAGUGGAGCUGCAGAAGGUCGUUUGUGAGGACACAGAGACAGGGCAGACGAUGGAACUGCCACCGACCUUUGAGGGUCAUUUCCAGCCUGCCCCAGCCCUGGGGCCACACCAAACACUGCACAAACCCUUCCCGAAGACUGCCAGGCAGCGGGUCCUGACACUGCAGCAGGUGCUGGGGUUGUGGGACAGGCAGCCACAGCCCCUCCUGUGCCCUGCCAUCAGCCCUCACGCCCUGCUCCUGCACCCCGUCUAUGAGGUGCAGGCUGCCAUGCAGUUGCGCCGGGAUCUGGUGAAGGUCCCCUCCACACUGGAGGUGGACGUGGAAGAUGUGACAGAAGAGGCGCAGCAUGUCCGCUUCGCCCGGCCGCUGCUACUGAGCGAAGUGCUGGAGAUGGAGGAGGCGAUGCCGACCCUGGCCGAGAUCCUGGAGGGUCCGGCCGGCCCUGCCGUCUUCCAGAGCGCCUGGGAGCGGCGGCUCCGGCGGGGGCAGUGGCUGCAGCUCCACGGCCGCUCCCGUGCCUGGCGGGUGCUGGCCUCGGCCCCCAGCAGCGGCCGCUACUUCCUCCUGUCCAGCGCCUACCAGGGCUGGUUCCGCCGGCGGCCACGGCGCUUCGCGGCCGUGCGGGAGCUGGCGGCCGCCCUGGAGCCGGGCCGGAGGCUGCGCCUCGUGGUGACGCAGGACUGCGAAGGCCUGGUCGGGGACGUGGCCCCGCUCGCCGUGGGGGACCGGCUGGAGGUGCAGGGGCUGCAGGGAAGCGGCGCCGGCACCCGGCUGCUGUGCCACCGCCGUGCCGGGGAAGGGGACGAGGAGGAGGGCGAGGAGCUACUGCUGCCGCUGGACGUGAGCGGCGGCUUCUUGGAGGAGGCGUCGGACAGCAAGAAGUACAGGCUGGAGGAGCUGCUGCAGCGGCAGCCGCUGCCCUGCGAGGUGCGGCUGGCAGCCCCGGACCCUGCGCUGGGGCGGGACGCGCUGGCCGCCCUGCCUGCCCUGCGGCUGGAGGCGCUCCUGCACCAGCCCUUCCUGGUGGGCAGCUUCUGCGAGGAGCCGGAGGAGGGCUUCGAGAUCCCGCCGCGGUGGCUGGACCUCUCCGUCUUGCUAAGCGAGGGGCCCGUCCACCCCCUGACCCCCUGCACCCUCCGCUGCCGGCUGGAGGAGCUGACCGAAGCCUUCUACUACCGGCUGCUGGCACAGCUGCCCGGCAGCGCGGCCCAGCCCCCUCCGCGCCCUCCCAAGCCGGCGCGGUCGGGGACGGCCCCCGGGGGGAGGCGCCCCGCGGCCCCCAGAUCCGCGACGCCUGUCAGCUGCCUUCUGGCUCCUCCGCUGCCGCCGCUCCCGGGCCCGCCCGGCCCGAGCGCCCCCGGGGCUGCAGACACCGACUCUGACAGCGCUGAACACGAUUACGAAACUGUGGAUGACAGCGUGCAAAAGACAGUUCACAAAACGCAGGCCAUUGUCCCUUUCUAG